AUGGAAGAAACUUAUAACGAAAAAGAAACCUCUAUUAAACCAGACAAAAAUAAUAAAAAAAAAGUUCAGUGGAGUGAAGAUUCUAUUAAAAUGUUAUUUUCAUUUUUAAUAGAAUGGAAAGUUGAAGUAAAUCAACUAAGUACGAA